GGCACGAAAUAAAAAGAAAAUGAAAAAUAUCAGAAUUAAAAUAUAACCAAAUAUUCAGAUUUCUCGCAUUUCUUAGAAAAAGGGCUUCGGAGCCGCUCUGCGUUUUCGUUCCGGAACCCUAGAAUUUCCGCGUCGCCGUAAUUUUUCUGAAUUAUUGGGAUUUUAGUUUGAUGGAAUUUUAGUCCAAGUGAAAAUUGCGAAUUUAUAAAAUAAAAUAAAAAAAAAAACUAAAAGGGAAAAAGAAAAAAGAAAAAUGUCAGGAUCUGAGACGGGAGUGAUGACGAGUAGGGAGCCGUUUCUGCAGAAGAAUCCUAUUCAGUCACAGUCCGCCAUCCAGAGUAUGCGGUUGAACUUCAGUGCUGACGGCGGCUCCGCUCUUUACAAGUCUGUUGCCACCGCCACCUCACCUGCUUACCAGUCCUCAGUCACCUCCGCCGCUGCUUCCGGAGGAGGUGCUGUUGUCCCGGGGGCUGCCGGAGAGGGUGCAGUUAUGGCCCCUGCUGCUACUGCUGGGCUUAACAUGAACAUGGGUACUGAGCCAAUGAAGAAGAAGAGAGGGAGGCCCAGGAAGUACGGGCCGGAUGGCACAAUGGCAUUGGCUCUAUCACCAUCAGUCCCGCCUGUGACCGUUAGCUCGUCCAGUGUUGGAGCAUUUUCUCCUGCUCCUGCUCCUCCUUCUGGGGGAGGUUCUGCCUCACCACCACCCACUUCGACUUCCACCAAGAAAUCAAGAGGCAGACCACCUGGUUCUUCCAAGAAGCAACAAUUGGAUGCUUUGGGAGCUCCGGGAUUUGGAUUUACACCACAUGUUAUCACUGUAAAAGCUGGAGAGGAUGUAUGGUCAAAAAUAAUGUCAUUCUCUCAGAAUGGUCCUAGAGCUGUUUGCAUAUUGUCUGCAACUGGAGCCAUCUCUAAUGUGACUCUUCGCCAACCGGCCACAUCUGGUGGAACUGUAACAUAUGAGGGGAGGUUUGAAAUUCUGUCACUCUCAGGCUCGUUUCUUCUAUCUGAAAUUGGUGGUCAGCGGAGUAGAACUGGGGGCUUAAGUGUGUCAUUAUCUGGCCCAGAUGGCCGAGUUUUAGGUGGUGGCGUGGCAGGUCUUCUAACGGCUGCCUGCCCUGUUCAGGUGGUAGUCGGAAGUUUUGUUGCAGAUGGUCGGAAAGAAUCAAAGACUGCGAACCAAAUGGAUCCUUUGUCUGUAGCACCAAAAUUUGAUCCGGGCAGUGGUCCAACAGGAGCAAAUAGCCCCCAGUCACGUGGAACACUGAGUGAAUCCUCAGGCGGGCCUGGAAGUCCGCUUAACCAAAGCACAGGAGCCUGCAAUAACAAUAACCUGCAAGGCAUGUCAAGCAUGCCAUGGAAGUGAAUGGUUUGGCAACCUGAGGGAAGGCCUUUUCACUAAUUUGUGCAGUAGGCAUGAUCAGCGGAUGUUGUGUUUCUUUAGUCGAGGCUCGAGAGCAGGAGAAGGUUGUAGUUUAUGCAUCGUGAAAUGUAUGACUAGUACUAGUAGAAUAAGGAAUGCAGAAUGCUUUGCAGCUUGACCUUAUAGAGGAGCAUGGCCGGCUGGAAGUGUCAACCAGGUAACAAGAAGUGUGUGAAGUAGAAAUUAGAUUUUUAAGUCUUGUGAUGGUAGGGACUUAAUUAGUAGGAUUAAUUAUUAAUUAGGAUGAGUUAGUGAUCUAGUUUCUCACACGUUUGGCUGCUUGUAAUCGUUGUUGACCCUUUAGAUUAUGCUGCUCAACUUCGACUUGUUCUCUAAUGAUAAGAUGCGUUGAUUUUAUUUUUUUUUUC